AUGUUGACAGGCUGGCAGUUGUUGUUGUCCAAACUCUUCGUGAUACCACAGCGAUGGGUGAUGGCAAUAAUGGGUUUUCUGGCUGUAGCCAACGCGUACACAAUGCGGGUAUGCCUAAACAUCGCGAUCACGCAAAUGGUGAGACGACAUGCGCCUACGCCGGCUUAUGAAGACGGAUCGUGUCCCGCUGAUGUGGAGGAAGUGCUAGCCGAAGCUACAGAAGUAAGCGGCUUUAAUUGGGAUGAAGAAACUCAAGGUAUAAUUCUAAGUGCGUUCUACUACGGCUACAUUGUAACGCAUUUACCUGGUGGAAUGUUAGCGGAGAGAUUCGGAGGAAAGUAUUCGUUGGGCUUCGGAGUCCUCAGCACCGCUGUGUUUACUUUAUUGACGCCAUGGACUGUCAAAGUUGGUGGAGCGACUGGCCUCAUCAUUUUACGAGUUCUAGAAGGAUUGGGAGAGGGUACUACAUUCCCCGCUUUAAACGCCAUGCUGGCAAGGUGGGCUCCGGUAUCAGAAAGAGGAAGAAUGGGUUCUCUGGUUUUCGGUGGUGCACAAAUUGGAAACAUAGCGGGGACAUACUUCUCCGGUCUAGUCAUUAAGGAAACCGGAGAUUGGCAAUCCGUUUUUUACUUAUUCGGCAGUAUCGGAAUUUUAUGGUUUAUUUUGUGGGCGCUGCUUUGUUACAACGACCCUGAGUCGCAUCCAUACAUUUCGGACAAGGAGAAGAAGUACUUAGAGGAAGCUCUCGGAAGACAUCACAACAGUCAGCCCUCAGCUAUUCCUUGGAAGGCGAUUUUCACUUCAGUUCCGUUAUGGGCCCUCGUUUGUGCACAGAUCGGCCACGACUACGGGUACUUCACAAUGGUGACAGAUCUCCCCAAGUACAUGACUGGAGUACUGAAGUUUGAUAUACACAGAACUGGUACUCUGGCUGCCUUGCCGUAUCUCGUUAUGUGGUUCAGUUCAAUAAUAUUCGGAUGGAUGUGUGAUAAGAUGGUGAAGAAGCAGUGGCUUACAGUGACAAAUGCGAGGAAGACAUUUACAACUAUCGCAUCUGUGGGACCCGGUAUUUGUAUGAUCCUGGCUUCAUACUCGGGCUGCGAUACAGAAACAGUCGUGAUCCUGUUCACCGCUUCAAUGGGCCUGAUGGGAGCCUUCUAUCCAGGAAUGAAAGUGAACGCGUUGGACUUGAGCAGUAAUUUCGCCGGCACCAUCAUGGCUAUCGUGAACGGCAUCGGCGCUGUUACGGGAAUCAUUGCCCCGUUUUUGGUUGGCUUGCUGACACCCGAUAGCACGCUGGUCCAAUGGCGUUUGGUCUUUUGGAUAACGUUAGCUGUAUUCAUACUCACGAAUUUAGUGUAUGUGGCGUGGGCGUCUGGUGAAGAGCAGUGGUGGAACAGUUCACCGCAAGAAGCAAGGAAACAAGCCGAGACCUCUUCAGCAACAGUUAACAAUGACAUUAAAUUGCAAGCGUAG